GUCAAAGGACUACUUUAUUUUUUAUUUCAUAAUUCCACAUUUAUUCCACAGAUAUUUUUAUUUCCAUCGUACAUUGAAAUGAAGUGGGCGUGGUUAUCUCAGAUUCAGACCGAAGCACAAGAACUAACUGGCGAGUGCGCUCAUCUAUAUUGGCUCAUAUUUACUUUUAUUUAUAUAUGUAUUGCCUCAUUUGUUGACUUCCAAAUGUAUUUCAUAGACGUAUUUAUUUCUGUAUUUAUCUUCUUCUUUUUUUACAUUAAAUGAAAUGGUAUUCCGUAGCCUACCUCAAAACUGUGGAAUCCUUCAGUAAAUGUAUUCAUUUACAAAUUGUGGUCAGUUUUGAAACACACGAACUGCUUAUUUCUUCAUUCAUAUAUGAUAUCAUUAUUAUAUGAGACCAGCUAUAAUGACAUGAUGCGGUCCUCUGAGUCUCUCUGCUGCUCUCCGUCCUGGGACAGUCAGAAGUUCCUCUCCUGUAACUUGACACCGCUGCCACGUCGCUCCGACUUCCUGAAGGGACGCAAGUUUUUCUCCAGGAGCAUCUCUUUAACUACCCGCUCUGCUGCUCACGCGGAAUUCCUCCGAGAGAUGAACGCAGACAUGCAGAGGCUGACUGAAAUGUGAAGGUAACAGGACAACAACAAUGGGUAGCUCCAUCCUCCUGUUGGCCAGCGUGGUGUCCACUCUGGGCGGCCUGGUCUUUGGUUAUGAGUUGGGCAUCAUCUCAGGCGCUCUGCUGCAGCUCAAGGCCGAGUUCGGACUCUCGUGUGUCCAGCAGGAGGCUCUGGUCAGCUCUCUGUUGAUAGGAACUCUGCUCGCCUCCAUCGUGGGCGGCUGCUUGAUCGACCACCGGGGCCGCAGGAACUCCAUCCUCCUCGGCAACGUGUUGAUCCUCACCGGCAGCCUGGUUCUGCUCAUCGGCUCCUACUCGGCACUGGUGGUGGGCAGGAUGACGGUGGGCUUCGCCAUGUGUAUAUCCUCCAUGUCCUGCUGCAUCUUUGUGUCCGAGAUAGUUACCCCGGAUCGCAGGGGCUUCCUGGUAACGCUGUAUGAAGCCGGGAUCACCGUGGGCAUCCUGGCAGCCUACGCCAUGAACUACAUCCUGGCCGACUCUAAAAGAGGGUGGAAGUGGAUGUUUGGAUUAGCCAUAGUACCGACUAUGAUUCAGUUGGUCUCUAUCUGGUUCCUCCCAUCCAGCACGAAGGAAUCUUCAAGUCCAAGUUAUUGUUUUCAAACUGAAAGCAGCCUGAUGAAUACUGUCGAAGCAGAUGACUCAAAAGUCGGCUCCAGCAUGGAAAGCAAGAAGGUUCAGUUCAACAGUAUGGACCUUUUCCAGCGCAAAGACAACAUGAGGACUCGGACCGUCAUCGGCCUCGGACUGGUGCUCUUUCAGCAGUUCACAGGCCAGCCGAAUGUCCUCCUGUACGCCUCCACCAUCUUCCACUCUGUGGGGUUUCACAGCAAUGCCUCGGCGGUGCUGGCGUCUGUGGGCUUGGGGUUCGUCAAAGUGGUCGCUACUCUGACCUCCAUGGUGUUUUCGGACCGGGUGGGGCGGAGGCCCCUGCUCAUCAGUGGAUGCUCUGUUAUGGCGCUGUGUCUGAUAACCAUCGGACUCCUCAGUGGACGUUCAUCGAUGAAUGCCAGGAGGCCUUGUGAUUCUGAGGACUUCAACGUUAACAGAACCAACCUGCCUCAUCUAACUGUUGGUAAUCGAUCCGUUUUUGAGGCGUCUUUACACGAGAGACAAAGACUCCUCGAUAACAACACACAAGAUGAAGAUGUAGUUCUCAAUGAAGUUGGACAGAAACAACCGGACAAUCCUCUGGCACCUCCUCCGAGCGCCCAUGGCACGGUUGCGAACUGGAUCAUUCUCGUGUGUAUGAUGGCUGUUGUCGGUGCAUACUCCGUUGGAUUUGGACCAAUGACCUGGCUUCUCCUGAGUGAAAUAUUUCCAGCUGCUAUCAGAGGAAGGGCAUUCGCAUUCACCAACUGCUUCAACUGGGCUGCCAACCUGUUGGUCACAUUCACUUUCUUAAAUUGUAUCGAUGCAAUCGGUCUGUCGGGGAUAUUCCUCCUGUAUGGGAUGACCGCUGUGGCCGCUGGGCUUUUCUUUUACUUCAUGCUACCAGAGACCAAAGGGAAGAGUCUGGAGGAGAUAGACAAGGAGCUGCGUUUAAACAAGUUUUACCAAGGUGAGGAGUGCUGCUGCAUAAAGAGCUGGAGAAACCCUUCCCCACAGUACCAGAGAGUGCACUGUCAAGUCAGCACCUCGGGGUGAUUUAUUAUAAGAUAUUACAGUACUGACAGGCAUAGACACCAUGUAGGCUUUAGACCAGGCUAGGCCUUCCUGUUGCACCUGGAACACGUGGUAUCUUUGUGAAACACGCUAACAAAGUGCAUUCUGUGUGACGUGACUUUUGUAAAUGAUAUUUUGGGUAUGUUCAUUUACAUUUUAACAAGGAAUUUUUUUUUUUUUUUUUUUUUUUAAAUUUAGAUUCUACAGCCAGAAAACUAAAAGCUGCUGUGCAUCAAGUGGUCUGCAGCAGUCUACAACAUGUUCUUAACUUGAUUGUAACAUUUACAGUUUUACCUUUAUCUCAUUCAGAUUUUUUCCAAGUCGAUCUCAAUACAUUGAUAUCAAUGAAUUGUACAUUUAGUCAUUGGUCUUCAUAUGUAUUCCUCAUGGCCAUACUGGCCACAAAGUAAUCCUUCCCAAUGUGCGUUCAAUGUAAAAAAAUAAAUAAAAUAAAUUGUGGCUAAAAUGUUUAGUCCUCGUUUUGUGCAAAGACGCAGUCUUUAAACGCAGACAUCGUUGUGUACUAAAAGACUAAUUUGGAAGUGGCUCCGACCAGUCUUAUGGUGCAGUGGUUUCCACAAACUGACACAUACAACCAUUCACACUCACACUAAGGUUUAGAGUCUGUAACUGUAAUUAGUGUCACAUUCUGAAGGGAUACCUUCACAUCAAGUACCAACAGGAGUAAUGAAAGCACCCAUAAUAACCACGGACGUUUGACACUAAAUAA